AUGGCUGCCAGACCACUUGUGGGGCUAGAGGACAAGUCAUUAUAUAUACCUUCUGUUGCUGGUCUCGAGGAAGCGGAUCUAACUGAAACGGACCUCAAAAACAGCGACUUUAAUUCGUCAUCUGUUACGGUGGAGGAUUUACCACUAACUGAACCUGUUACUGAAGAAAAGAAGAUCCCAGUCAUCGAUGAUGAAGAUCAGCCUCCGGACGGAGGGCUACAAGCCUGGACGAUUGUCGCAUCUUCGUUUCUGAUUCACUUCUUAUGUUGGGGAAACGCUUACUCUUGGGGUGUAUAUCAGCGUUACCUGGUAUCGAAUGGCCUGUAUGGAAACACAGUCUCACUGGCAGCAUUGGGUAGCUCACAGACUGGAGUAAUCUUCCUACUUGGCAUGCCUAUUGGCAUAAUGACGAGUCGAUACGGCUUUAGGCGGUUGAUACAAAUUGGGGCCGUGUGUUUUGGGUCGGGAUACAUAUUCGCAUCGUUUGGCACCGAGUAUUGGCACCUCUUUUUGUCGCAGGGAGUGUUGGCACCGAUUGGUAUAGCGCUGUGUUUCUUCCCGUCAAUCACUAUUGCCUCUCAGUGGUUUACCACAAAGCGGGCCAUCGCUACAGGCAUUGCUGUGUCAGGAACAGGCCUUGGUGGUUUAGUGUACAGUGUAAUGAUUGAGGCCAUGUUAGAAAAGCUCGGGUUUCAAUGGACCAUCAGGAUUGUAGGGAUCUACUCGGUGGUGCUGCUACUUCUAGUAUCGAUGCUGAUCAAGCAAAGGACGGCUCGAACAACGACUUUGAAAGUGAAUUGGGCAUACUUUAAAGACUACAGAAUAUGGCUGUUCUUGUUGCAAAGUGCUUUUGGAUCACUGGCCUUCCAGAUUCCAAUCGUGUAUCUGUCCCAAUUCGCAGGUUCGCUUGGGGAGAAUCCUGCUCAGGGAGCUUUCGUUAUAUUGAUUUUCAAUUUGGCUGGCAUGAUUGGAAGAGUCGCCCUCGGAUUUGCUGCUGAUAGUCUUGGGCGAUUAAACACUGUGGUGUUUUGUACGCUAUUCACUGGAUUCAGUACAUUGUUUAUUUGGAGCUUUACCUACAGUUAUGGUUUACUGUUGGUAUAUGCGUUCUGCGAAGGAAUAGGAGUAGGAGGAUUCGUCAGUGUGGUCCCUCCAGCAAUUGUGGAAUUAUGGGGUUUCCAAGAUUUGCCCUUUUUGUUUGGAGUGAUAAAUUUCCCUGCCGGUAUAGCCACCUUCGUUGGCGCACCAAUUGCAGGUCUAAUUCUAACGCAAACCCAAGGACAAUUCUCGAAUCCAUACCUUGGAGUCAUACUGUUUGCUGGAUGUUUUAUGAGCGCUUCUGGAUUCACGUCAUUGGCGAUCAGACUCACUAGAUCAACGAAAUUGUUUGCUCGAGUAUGA